AUGGUACAGUACUGGCGACUCGACUCGGACGACCCGAUUCCACUCGAACAUGACACAUACGCUCGCCUCGCUGGCGCCAAGGUCAGGAAUGUGCCCGAGUGCGUGUGUGGGGAAGACGUCACCGUUGGACUGGGAGGCGACCAACAGCGCACGGCGACGCUCGAUCGGUGGGGGCCUGACCCUCCCAAGGCGAAGAUGCUCGUGCACUAUCGCAUCGUCCUGAAGCAAGUCUACAAGCCGCUGCUCAACAUCGGCGACUUCCAGAGCUUGUGCGGGGACCUGGCGGACGCCAUGGAAGCACACCUCGACGCGUGUGAGAAGGCGCGUCUAAUACACCGCUCGAUCAGCCUCUGGAGCGUCGGUCUCUAUGUUUUCCCGGGCGAAGCGAGGACUAAGGAAGAGAUCGCUCAGAGGAGGGCUCAACGAGAAGUGAUCCCGGGCGCGUGGUACUUCCACUCAGCACUAGUGGCGAACUUUCCUGCGCGUGGUCACGCCGUUUCAGACGACGUUGAGUCGUUCAUUCACCUCUUCCAGUACUCCGUCUUGCGCUUUACCCGGACGUCUUACACACCCCACUUCAUAUCGAAACCCGUGUACAAGAUCGACGAGGCCAAAGUCCUCCCAAAGAUUGUCAACAUGGUGUACGGCGACUACGUAUUAUUCGACGGUGAAAGGUACAACGGAGGCGAUAACAAACUCUUGUUCACGCAUAAGUCUACUUCAUGGAUCAAGCCUCAGGGAAAACAGAAGAAAACCCUGACGGCGCUCUUGAACGAGCUCGCAAAGAUGGUGCAUGAGUACUACGGAACGUUCAACGCAGACGACUACACAGAAGAGUUCUAUCCACCAAGAUGA